UUUCUUUUUGUUCUUUAUCAACUGCUAUCUGGGUUCUUACUUUAUUCAAUAAAUUUGAAUAUGGGGUUGCAGAGAAUUGUUUUGUUCACAUUAGAUAUACAGAACAGAACUUGGUUCUUUAUCAUCUAUCAUCUGACUUGCUUUAUUUUCUUUCUAUAAUGGGUCCUGUUCUCAACAUAUUUGAAUCCAGAGAGAGAACUAAAAGCAUAGAAAGCUCUCAUCUGUCUUUCUUUUAUCUCUCUCUAGAUCAUAUGCCUGAAGCAUUCUGCAACUUGGCCAUAAUAUAACUUGUAUACUGUGAGAGCUGUUGAUAAUCAGAUUAAUAUCUUGAGGUUAUUGUUAUGGACAAAGAGAAUGGCCUGAAUGGCAAUACCAGUACCCAUGAAGCCGGCACCUCAAAAAGCCAUGAAGAGGAGAAAGAGAAGAAAUCCAGCACAAAUGGGCUACCACAAGAUACGGAGAAGAGCAAAGGAGAUGAAAAGACCAACUCAGUUCCAUUUCACAAGCUCUUUUCAUUUGCAGAUUCCAAAGAUGUAAUUUUGAUGAUUAUUGGCACAAUUGCUGCUAUUGGGAAUGGAUUAGCUCUGCCCCUUAUGACGAUUGUUCUUGGGGAUAUUAUUGAUGCCUUUGGACAAAACCAGAAUCAAGAUGUGGUUAAAGUAGUUUCCAAGGUGUCCCUAAGAUUUGUCUACUUAGCAAUAGGUGCAGCAGCAGCAUCAUUUCUCCAGGUGGCUUGUUGGAUGGUCACAGGAGAGAGACAGGCUGCAAGAAUCAGGGCUUUAUAUUUGAAAACCAUAUUGAGACAAGAUAUUGCUUUCUUUGAUAAGGAAACAAACACCGGAGAGGUCAUUGGCAGAAUGUCCGGUGACACUGUUCUUAUACAAGAUGCUAUGGGAGAGAAGGUUGGGAAAUUUAUACAGCUCGUAUCCACAUUCUUGGGAGGAUUUGUUAUAGCAUUUGUCAAAGGGUGGUUACUUACCUUCGUCAUGUUAUCCUCUAUCCCCCUGCUAGUGAUAGCUGGUGGAGUGAUGUCUAUCACAAUAUCUAAGAUGGCAUCCCGCGGACAAACUGCUUAUGCAAAAGCCGCAACUGUAGUCGAGCAGACUAUUGGAUCAAUUAGAACUGUUGCAUCUUUUACUGGGGAAAAGCAAGCCAUAAGUAACUACAAGAAGUUUCUCGUUACUGCAUACAAUUCAGGAGUUCAUGAGGGCAUCGCUACUGGAGUAGGUCUUGGAGUACUAAUGUUAGUCGUAUUCUGCAGUUAUUCCUUGGCAAUAUGGUUUGGUGGAAAGAUGAUACUAGAAAAAGGGUACACAGGGGGGCAGGUGCUUAACGUGAUCAUUGCCGUGUUGAGUGGUUCCAUGUCCCUGGGGCAGGCAUCUCCAUGCAUGAGCGCAUUUGCUGCUGGACAGGCUGCAGCUUAUAAAAUGUUUGAGACUAUCAGUCGCAUGCCAGAGAUAGAUGCUUAUGACACAAGGGGAAAGAUAUUGGAAGACAUCCGUGGAGAUAUAGAAUUGAGGGAUGUAUAUUUCAGUUAUCCAGCUAGACCAGAAGAACAAAUAUUUAGUGGAUUUUCUCUGUCAAUCCCAAGUGGCACAACUACAGCAUUGGUGGGACAAAGUGGAAGCGGGAAGUCCACAGUGAUCAGUCUGAUAGAGAGGUUUUAUGAUCCACAGGCUGGUGAAGUACGCAUAGAUGGGAUCAACCUCAAAGAGUUUCAGUUAAAAUGGAUUAGGGAGAAAAUUGGACUUGUCAGCCAAGAACCAGUGCUGUUUACUGCCAGCAUUAGGGAUAAUAUUGCGUAUGGAAAGGAUGGAGCAACCACCGAAGAGAUAAGAUCUGCAGCUGAACUUGCCAACGCUGCUAAAUUCAUCGACAAACUACCUCAGGGAUUAGACACCAUGGCUGGUGAGCAUGGAACUCAGCUAUCUGGUGGGCAGAAACAGAGAAUUGCAAUUGCAAGAGCAAUCCUGAAAGAUCCACGGAUUUUACUUUUAGAUGAAGCCACAAGUGCACUUGAUGCAGAAUCUGAAAGGGUAGUUCAGGAGGCACUAGACAGGAUAAUGGUCAACCGAACAACUGUUAUUGUAGCCCAUCGUCUGAGUACAAUCAGGAAUGCUGAUGUUAUUGCUGUUAUCCACCGUGGAAAGAUGGUUGAAAAAGGUUCACAUUCAGAGUUACUCAUGGAUCCUGAUGGCGCAUACUCUCAGCUUAUACGCUUACAAGAAGUAAAUAAAGAUUCAGAGCAAAAACCUGAGGACCAUAAAAGAUCAGAUCUUUCUUCAGAAUCUUUUAGACAAUCAAGUCAAAGAAUCUCACUGCGAAGAUCCAUCAGCCGGGGAUCAUCUGGUGUAGGAAAUAGCAGUCGUCAUUCAUUCUCAGUCUCAUUUGGUUUGCCUACAGGAAUUAAUGCCACCGAUAACCCCCAGGAAGAACCUACAGAUUCUCCAUCACCAGAAAAUACUCCAGAAGUUCCAAUCCGUCGCCUCGCAUAUCUCAACAAGCCUGAGAUUCCAGUGCUAAUAUUUGGAGCUAUAGCUGCCUGUGCCAAUGGUGUCAUAUUUCCCAUCUAUGGUAUACUACUGUCUAGGGUGAUCAAAUCAUUUUAUGAACCACCUCAUGAAUUAAGAAAGGACACGAAUUUCUGGGCGCUUAUAUUUAUGACUCUUGGUCUGGCAAGCUUUGUGGUAAUACCAUUACAAUUUUACUUCUUUGGCGUGGCUGGCAGUAGAUUAAUCCAACGGAUCCGGACUAUUUGUUUCGAGAAGGUGGUUCACAUGGAGGUUGGUUGGUUUGACGAGCCUGAGCACUCAAGUGGUGCAAUUGGUGCUAGGCUUUCAGCAGAUGCAGCAACAGUGCGUGCUUUGGUUGGAGAUUCACUAGCUCAAAUGGUUCAAAACCUUGCAUCAGCAGUAGCAGGUCUAGUCAUUGCCUUCACUGCAAGUUGGCAAUUGGCCUUCAUUAUUCUUGCGCUGAUUCCUCUCAUUGGAGUCACUGGAUAUGUUCAAGUAAAGUUCAUGCAAGGGUUCAGUGCAGAUGCAAAGAUGAUGUACGAGGAAGCAAGCCAAGUUGCAAAUGAUGCUGUUGGAAGUAUAAGAACAGUUGCCUCUUUCUGUGCAGAGGAGAAGGUGAUGCAAAUGUACAAAAAGAAGUGUGAAGGCCCUAUGAAGACAGGAAUAAGGCAAGGUGUCAUAAGUGGAAUGGGAUUUGGAGCGUCUUUCUUCUUGCUGUUUUCUGUAUAUGCAACCAGUUUCUACGCAGGAGCUCAACUUGUCAAGCACGGGAAGACAUCAUUCUCGGAUGUUUUUCAAGUUUUCUUUGCCUUAACCAUGGCUGCUAUGGGAAUUUCACAGUCAAGUUCCUUGGCUCCUGAUUCCUCCAAGGCCAGGAGUGCUGUUGCUUCCAUAUUUUCAAUUAUUGACCGACAGUCAAAGAUAGAUCCAAGUGACGAAUCAGGAAUGACCAUAGAGAAUGUGAGAGGAGAAAUUGAGCUUCGUCGUGUAAGCUUUAGGUAUCCAUCUAGGCCGGACAUUCAAAUUUUCCGAGACCUGAACUUGGCAAUUCACUCUGGCAAGACUGUGGCUCUAGUUGGAGAAAGUGGAAGUGGGAAAUCAACUGUCAUCUCAUUAUUGCAAAGAUUUUAUGAUCCUGAUUCAGGUCAUAUAACUCUAGAUGGAGUUGAAAUUCAAAGGCUCCAACUCAAGUGGCUGAGGCAGCAGAUGGGGCUUGUGAGCCAAGAACCAGUCUUGUUUAAUGAUACGAUCCGUGCCAACAUUGCGUAUGGAAAGGAUGGAGAUGCAACUGAAGCAGAAACUUUAGCAGCAUCAGAGUUGGCCAACGCUCACAAGUUCAUCAGUAGCUUACAACAGGGGUACGACACUCUUGUAGGAGAACGAGGGGUUCAAUUGUCAGGUGGGCAGAAACAGAGGGUAGCCAUAGCUCGUGCCAUAGUGAAAAGUCCAAAAAUACUGCUGUUAGAUGAGGCAACCAGUGCCUUAGAUGCUGAAUCAGAGAGAGUGGUCCAAGAUGCAUUAGACCGAGUAAUGGUGAACAGAACUACAAUUGUUGUAGCCCAUCGAUUAUCUACAAUCCAGAAUGCAGAUGUUAUUGCAGUGGUUAAAAAUGGGGUCAUUGUAGAGAAGGGAAAGCAUGAAACUUUGAUCAAUAUCAAAGAUGGCUUUUAUGCUUCCUUAGUCUCCCUUCAUACGACUGCCUCAACUGCAUGAGUUAUCAUUUGCUUUUUCUCCUUUUUUCAUUUUUCUCCCUAAUGCUGGCUGUUGUUACAAUUUUGGUAGAAGUCCUAUGUUCCACGUUGUCCAACCCAAAGCUAUAUGUAAAUGCGUUUCUCUUUUAUAA